UUGAGCGUACCAUGGCGUUCCGCGAGCGCAUCAAGAAAGCUCUGCGAAAGGCAUCACCGAAUUCCUCCGUUCACAAAUCGUCCACCACAGACUCAAAAGAAGGCCGAGAACGAUGGCCUUCGAACGUGUAUAAACCUGGCGAACCAAUGCCGCGACCAAAGUACCGUGCCCCGGUCAAGAAGGAACACAAGGAGAAGUUGGAGUCGUUCAGUUUUGCAUCCGCUUGGAGGAGAAAGAGUUUCAUGAGUGAAUACAGUCCCAUGGGCACAAGAAUGCCGAGUCGACGAGCGAGUCUUAUCAGCAGAAAGAGUUUCGGAGGUAGAAGCAGUUUGCGAAACAGCAUGAACAUGAGCAGGAGGAACAGUGUUUCAGGGGGUGUCAAGAGCGGCCGUGAAAGUCUGGAAGUUCCGCGAGAAAGACACGCUGCUCUUGCGCCUGCUUUGUCGACUGAAGUGGAAGCCUAUGGUGACGACGAUGUGACCAAUGACAAGCCGCACCGACCCGUAUACUCACGACGUCAAACCGCGGAAUUACGAUCGAGAGCUCCUGCCAAAGCAUCACCGUUAGGACAGACAGCGGAAGCACCUACAUCUACACCGACGCAAGUGCAGCCANAAGCUGCAUUCGCUCACGAUCACACACCAUUCACCGAAGAAGAGCUGGCCAGAGCGCUACAACGCAGUCAUCUGGAAAUAUCGGCUCAC